AUGCAGCUCAAGCAGCUCGCCUUCGUGGCCCCUUUCCUCCUUGCCCUCGUCAAUGGCUCCCCCAUCGCCGAGACCAACAAUGUAGCCCGCGAGCCUGCCGAGACUGAUGCCGACGCCAUCUGGCUCUGGAAGAAGCACGUCGCCACCGAGGGCAACACUAUGUUCUGGGCCGGCAAGAAGCGCGACGGCGCCGAGACUGAUGCCGACAACAUCUGGCUCUGGAAGACCAAGCGCGACGGAGCCACCACCGACUCCGACGCCAUCUGGCUCUGGAAGACGAAGCGCGAUGGUGCUACCACCGACGCCGACGCCGUCUGGCUGUGGAAGAAGAGCAAGCAGCUGCAGAAGGACUCUGACGAUGUCUGGCUGUGGUAG